UGUCCCUCGCAGCUUGUCGUUGUGACGUCACACCCAAACAAGAACUAGUUUGCUGGUGAUUAUUACUGCCAGGUGGUUCAAACUAAGUGGAUUUUCUCUUCAUAGCUUACUUUUAUCAUAAUGUCUCAGGAUCCGUGGUUACAGAAUUACGAUGCCAAUUGUCGCUUGGCACAGGAAAUAGCAGAAAACAUUCAUGAACGGAACAGGCAGCAGAGAACAGGGGGGAACCCUGCAAAGAUCAACAUGACACUACGGGCAUCACUGCAGAAGCUCAAACAGAAUAUUGCCCAGCUUAAAGAGGGUUUGUUGCGAGCAUCAUCAACUCGACGCUUAAUGCAGUCGGAAGCUGAUAGGAGGCAGAACCUUAUUGAUGACCUGCUAACCAGAGAGAAGCAGCUCAAUGCCACCUUCAAGGGAGACAUCGCAGAGCCUGAACCUUCCAGGUCAACGUUGAUGGGAGCAGGGGCAGGAACCAGUGGAGGUGUUGUGGCCAACCCCUGGCUGAUCAACGAAUCAGAGGAGACCUCAGGGCUGACCUUUGGAGAGAUCAAACAGCAGCAACAACGAGUCAUCGAAGCCCAGGAUGCAGGCUUGGAUGCACUAGCGGCUGUCAUCAGCAGACAGAAGAUAAUGGGCAAGGAGAUUGGCAAUGAGCUGGAUGAACAGAAUGAAAUCAUCGACGACCUUGCACAUCUUGUGGACAAGACAGACGACAGAAUUCGUAACGAGACACGAAGGGUGAAGCUGGUGGAGACCAAGUCGGCCUCCUGCGGGAUGCUGGUGGUGAUCGUACUGCUUCUUAUAGCCAUCAUAGUCGUCGCCGUGUGGCCUGUGUAGCAGACGAGGACAGCAGUGAUCAUGGACCUGUGCUCAACGACUACUACAAUGAUACUUUGGGGCAGAAGACCAGCUUGAAACCUUUGCAUCUGCAGUACACACAUGUACAGUCAUUUAAACACUUUCUCACACAGAUUUUAUUUAGUUAUUCUUCAUCUUCAUAUUGCGACAAAGGUCACUGGUGGCUGUGUGCAAAUGUGAAAUAAAGACUUAAGUCCUAUAGCAGCACACUUACAUUUUUCUAUACAGUAAAUCGUUGUUUUUUUUUUAAUAUAAAAUAUGUUGCUACAAUGUAAAUUGUCCUCUGUACCAGUUGUUCAAGUGGAUAUUAAAAUGACAAUGUAUGAAAUAGUUAAAUUAUUUGUAGGUUUGUAAGCCUUUAAAAAAAAAAUUGUAGCUUGGACUGUGGCAAAUGUUGACCCAACAGUAGGACCUCCCGCAGGUAGCAGGAGCUUUCCUUUCAUAAGUCUGGAUGUGGUCUGGGCUGAGGCUCACACUGGGCACUGUAAUUCCGCAAGCUUUGCAAUAUUCACACUCCCUUAUAUUUACCCAUGCAUUACUGUAGCAGCUGUAAUGUUAUCAUUUGUCUUGGGAUUUUAUAAUGUUUAUAGAAUAGCUCUCAGCCAAAACAAACAGCUCGGCUGUGUAACUAACAUGGCUGCUUUCCUUCCUUGUAAAUCAAUUCCGCUUGUAAUUUCUAAUAAAUGACGUUUUCAGUUAAUAGUC